AUGUUUUCAUCGUCUCUCGGGACGGCCCUCGUUGGGGCAGUCCUUGCUACAAACGUAGCAGCAUAUCCACCAGCUUAUGCACCUGAGAAGUAUUCUGAUCGUAUAGAUGUCGUUCAUACUGGUAUUUCUUCUGAUGUACACGCUGGUGUGUCUGCAAGACACACGUCCCACAAGCAGAUUUGCAGUCACGACAUUGGCUGCUCGAAACAGAAUGAGGUUUUGUUAGAUACUGGAGUCAGUGCUGCAUUGGAUGUAUUUGGUCUUCUUGACCUCGGUCUUGGUGCAGAUAUCGGAAUCAGCUUUGGAAGUGCAUCAGGAUGCCAGAUCAAGUGUGUUGAUUGUCGAACAUGGGGUACAGCCGUCGUCACCAACACCGUGGCCGAAAUUUCAAGCAACAUCGUCGAGGAGAUGAUCGAGUUCUUGGAAAAUCCUUACGAAACCAUUGUUGAAGCCGCAAACUUGGAAUGUUUGAUUUCUUUGGAGGAUGUUGGAGGACACAUCGAACUCAAUAUCUUCGCAGCCGAAUCCGCCACUUACACUCUCAAUAUUUUCGAAGCUGGUCUUAUUGCUGACAUUUCUCUCCUCGAUACUGUCUCGGUUGGCUUGAAUGUUUUCCUCGAUUUGGUUAUCUCCGUUGAUGCUCAAGUCGAUCUCUCUGCUGGUUUCGAAUUCUCCUUCCCAGAAGGUGCUUCCCUUACCGUUGACCUCUUGGCCGGUGCUAUCAAGGACUAUAACUUCGACGGAGCUGUCAUGAAUGACCUUCCUAUCGUUGUUCUUGCUGGUGAAGCCACGCUACAAGCUUCCAUUCGUUGCAGGGUUGAGGCUGGCACUACCAUCUCUCUCUUGGGAAUCGGAUAUGGCUUUGAACUUGGUGUCUAUGCUGAUUUGCUUCAAUAUGUCACUGAAAUCGGUAGCACCGAUAAUUGUCCACUUUCCAUCUCGGGUGCUGUCGAUGUUAACAUUGGUGCAUAUGCCGCUUCCGUUGCAAACAUCGACUUUGCUGCAUUCGAGAUUGCACCAACUGCCGCUAUUACUGUUAAUGCUGGUGCCCUAGCUGCCAUUUGCACUACUAGACCAACUUCUACUAGAGCUUUGAGUGCCAUUUCCACUGGAUCUGCUUCCAGUGGAUCUGAUUCAACUGGCUCCGGUUCAAGUGGCUCGGGUUCCAUCGGUAUUGGUGGUACGAUCUCUAUCGGUCUCGGAGGAUCUGGCUCUGAUUCCGGUUCCUCUGGCUCUGGUCGUGAUUCCGCUCCUUCUGAUUCCGCCCCAUCCGUAACGAGACAUUUCUCGAAUGGCACUGUCUUCACUGCUUCCCGACCAUCCGGUUCUUCUGCCACUGGAUCAUUAAUCGGUACCAUUACUAGUGCGGCAUCUUUGACCACAUCUACAGCUUAUGCUACCCAAGUCACUACCAUUACUAGCUGUGCUUCCAAUGUUAUCCAUUGCCCAGCAUCCCUCGCAGGUACUACCGUUGUUACUCAAACCGUUGUCGAUUACACUACUGUUUGCCCAGUUACUGAGGCCGGCAGCAUCGCGUCAGGCGCAAUCCCAUCCAGUUUGCCAUCGCUUACUACUUCGGCCAUUACCAAUGUUGCCCCGUCAUCCAUUCCUGGCACAAUUAGUCUCACCUCGGUUGCAUCAGCAUCCCCAUCUACUUUCGAUAUCCCAAGCUCAACUCCUAUUGCUGUCGUUCCUGUCGGAACUGGAUCUUCAAGCACCAACUUGGCAUCUAUGACCUCCGCCUUGUCCAGUGAACUUUCGGGUUCUUCUCCUUCAUCGAGUGGGGUGAGCUUCGCAAGAAAUACUGCUUCAGCUGCUACCUCGAGCAGUACUGGAGAACUCAGCGGUGAGACCACCUCCCCAGCUGGUUCAUCCCCAAGUGCUUCGGGAUCAAACGGUUCAUCUCCAUCAAGCUCUAUUGCAACUGGCUCAUCCCCAAGUGCUUCGGGAUCAAACGGUUCAUCUCCAUCAAGCUCUAUUGCAACUGGCUCAUCCCCAAGUGCUUCGGGAUCAAACGGUUCAUCUCCAUCAAGCUCUAUUGCAACUGGCUCAUCCCCAAGUGCUUCGGGAUCAAACGGUUCAUCUCCAUCAAGCUCUAUUGCAACUGGCUCAUCCCCAAGUGCUUCAGGAUCAGGAAAUGGCUCAUCUCCAUCUGGCAGCGCCGCUGCUUCUGCUCCAUGUGUUUCAUCAGGCCCUCUUCUCUCUGGUCAAACUGCUUGCCCAGUUUCUGCCUCUACUCCAGUUCAAACCAGCUCUGGUGAACUCAGCGGGCUUUCCACCGCCCCAGCUGGAUCUUCUCCAUCAUCUGUCGCUUCCGGUUCAUCCCCAAGUGCAUCUAACGGAGUUUAUCCAUCUGGAUCUGCCAACAUCUCAAGCCCAUCUGGUACUUCCAGUUCCAGUGGAGCUAGUGUUACUGGAGGUUCUUCUCCAUCCGCCUCCUCAUCCGAAACUGUUUACACAACCGUUAUCGUCGAUUCAUACACUACCGUUUGCCCUGUUACCAUGACACAAACUAGUGGAGGUGUGACGAGUGUUUUGACCACUUCUACCAUUUCAAUUGUUUACAGUUCUUCCACUAUGACUGCCACCAAGACUGUUAUCGUGAAGCCAUCUGGUUCAUCCCCAUCUGAAUCCGCUCAAAUUACUGGACCAGCUACUUCGUCACCAGGGUUCUCAUCUGAGACUGUUUACACUACCGUUAUCGUUGAUUCCUACACCACAGUCUGUCCAGUUACUUUGACUCAAACUACUGGAGGAACCACCAACGUUUUGACCACUUCCAGCAUUUCCACAGUUUACACCUCGUCAACCGCUACUGGUACACGUACUAUCACUGUUGCACCUUCCGCAACUACUGAUUCUGAGGGUGCUAGUGUCGUUCCAUCUGGUUCUGCUCAAGUUACUGGCCCAGCUGUCUCUUCCCCAGUCCAAUCUUCCGAGACUGUUUACACAACUGUCAUUGUUGACUCUUACACCACAGUCUGUCCAGUUACUUUGACUCAAACUACUGGAGGAGCCACUAGCGUUUUGACUACUUCUAGCAUCUCCACUGUGUACAGCACCUCCACUCUUGUUGGUACUAGCACCGUUGUCUCAACCCCAGUAACGUCCAUUCCAGCUGUCUCUUCCCCAGUCCAAACUUCCGAAACUGUCUACACAACCGUCGUUGUUGACUCUUACACUACAGUUUGCCCAGUAACUCUCACCCACACUAGCCAAGGUACAACCAGCUUUGAGACAACCACUAGCUUGUCAACUGUUUACAGCACCUCGACUCGUGUCGCUACUAGCACUGUUGUCGCAACUCCAGUAGCCUCCGCUCCAGUAGCCUCCGUCCCUGCUGUUUCUCAAGGGGUUUCCCAAGGUGUUUCCACCGAACAAAUUUACAGCACAGUUUCCGUCCAAUCAUACGUUACUGUCUACCCAGUCACUUUGACCCAGACCAGCGAAGGAGUUACCAGUCUUGAGACAUCAACAAGCUUCAAGACAAUUUUCCAAUCUUCCACAAUCUAUGCCACUAGAACAGUUGCUAUUCAAACACAAGGAACUUCUUCCCCAAGUGGUUCCGUCGUUAUUCCACAAGGUAGUGCACAAGCAUCCGGACCAGCCCCAUCAUCCACUUUUGACAAUUCUGGUGUCACUGCUUCAUCUCCAGCUGCUUCUGUGGUUUCCACCAACGGUAUUCCUGUCGCUUCUACUCCAGCUUCUACACAAACUGGAUCUAACUCUGGAAACUCUGGAAAUGGAUCUCCAUCUGUUGUUGCUAGUAGCGGCACAACUGUUAGCACUGACAGUGGAAAUAUGCUUUACAGCACCGUAACAGUUGUUCCAGUUGCUAGUCAAGCAGUCAGCUCAUCUCAAGGUUUGACCACACCUGCCCCAGCAGCUGGAUCCUCUCAACCAUUGGCCUCUGCCAUUGGUGUAUCUGGCAGUGCAGGUUCUGAAGAAUGUGCUCAACCAUCUGUUAUCACCAUUUCCGCUUCUCCUUCUAUUCUCACUGUUACUCAAUCUGCAUCCGUCAUUACCAUCAUUCAAACUGCCGGUGCUAGCUCCCCAUCUGGUGUUGCUUACCCAGGAUCUCCUGUAAACUCUACCGCCCCUGGUCUCCCAGGUAAGGCUGUUUCAGUCACAUCCGCUGAGGGUAUCACCGUCGCUUCAUCAACCAUGAUUGUUCCAGGUUCAGGUGCAUCAUCCACCAUCGUUGUACCAGGAGCCAUUCUCCCAACUGGAUCUCAAGUCUACCCAGCUGGUUCAUCCACUGUUGUUGUACCAGGAGAUGUUGCCCCCACUGGAUCUGGAUCUCAAGUCUACCCAGUUGGUUCAUCCACUGUUGUUGUACCAGGAGCUAUCGCUCCUACAGGAUCGCCAGUCUACUCAGCUGGCUCAUCUACCAACGGUACCUCUGGAAAUUAUGUUAGUGGAACAGGUAUCAACAAACCCACUCAACCAACCUCUUCUGUCACUGUCACUGGCAUCACUGCCGCAAGUGGAUCAGCGACUGCAUCCCCAAGCAUGAUUGUCACUGGUUCUGCUAGCCGUUCUAGCAUCUCCAUGGGGUUGAUUGCUGUCAUCAUGGGCGCUAUUGCUCUUUUGUAA